AUGGAGAAACACUCCAUGCGUCACCUCCUGUGGACUGCACUGUUCCUGUUGUACUACAGCUGCGGGUGUUUGGCUGCUGUUGUGCAGCAGUUACCACAGAAAGGACAAAGUGCUCUACAGGCGUACACCGUCUCUUCUGAUGAUGAGAAAUGGAAGCCCAUCCGCAUUGCUGUGUAUACAGAACGUGUGGAGGAAAUAAUGAACUACUGCAAUACAAAAGAAAUGUCGUCGAAGUACGAUAUACCUCCACUUAGAGAACAACUUGAAAAAAGGUUUAAACAACUCUGUGAGGGUGAAAAUAAAAUGACGACAAAGAGGAUGCAUACUCUUUUUAAGGAGGUCCUACCUGAAGCGAUUAAAUUGCACAGGGAUCGUCUGAAUGUGAAACGGGUGGAGAAUAACCUGAUUCUGUGGAAAGCGGAAUAUAAUGCCCCCGAUGAACCGUUUGGAAAGUAUUGCCAGCAGUUAAAAAUGCCCGAAAAUCAUUUUAACGAGGGUAUUCCCGAUGCUGAUUUUAUGCUUUAUGUGGAUCUUCAUCCAGUGUAUACCAAAGUUGAUGAUUGCACUAAAGACAACAAAAAUGGAGACCGACCGACAUCUGCCCGCAUCACUUUUGUCCCAAAGGAGAUCGUCGCCACAAGGCAGUAUAUUCGAUUGGCUGCACGCGAUAUUGCGGUUGGGCUUGGAUUUGAGGACAAGUACAUGGUUGGGCAGAAAGCGUCUAAUCUCCAAGUAAACGGCGUAGUGAAGUACUCCGUGGUGCUGGCCAGUGAAAUUGUGAAGAAAAAGAUGAAUGAGCAUUACAAAUGCUCCAGUACUGGUGGAAUGAUUUUGCAUUAUGAAAGCAAAACAAUUUUUUCUGAGUGGGAGAUGCGCAUUGCAAAGGAUGAAUUGAUGAGUCAGUACACUGGUGAACCCACUGGCAUGUUCUACACCAAUCUGACACUUGGAGUGUUUGAUGCAUUGUCUUUCUACAAAUCAAAUUUCAGCAUGGCAGAACCGAUGAGUUGGGGGAAUCAAUCUGAAUGUGAAUUCAUUACGAACAAGUGUACAGAACUCGCUAAAGAUCCGAAGUACAAUAAAUUUUUCUGCGAUGAAGGUGAAGAUAAAUCUGUAUUAAAGUGCACUUCUGAUCGCUUUGGUCUUGGUGUCUGCUCCAAGGACAACACGAACAAGCAUGGUAUACCCGAUGAGUACAACUUCUUUGAAAUUGUUGGUGAACAGAGUGAUAUGAUAAAAGAGUGUCCCAUCAUUAAGCCGUUUCAAGAGACCAUGUGCGAGACUGGUAAUGAGACAUUUAUGCCUGGAAGUAUUGUGAGCAAUAUGUCACGGUGUCUGAAUGUGGAGGAACUGCAGUUCAACGAUGGAAAUAAUGUAACUGGUCUGAAGGUUCAAGGCAUUUGUGCAAAAGUGAAGUGUGAGGAUGACAAGCAGACGGUGAGUGUACAGCUCAAAGGUCAGGAAAGCAAAGAAACAUGGCAUGUGUGCGAAAAUGAUGGCACUACUAAUCUGGAUGGUUCAGUGUUUAAGAAAGGAACUAUUAUUCGUUGUCCCAAAUACGAAGAAGUGUGUACCGGGCUACCGGAAACCGAACCAUUUAAUAUUUCAUAUACAGAAGUUAAUGUGUCUGAGGAUGUGGUGGAAGAGCCCAAACAGGAGGAGAAAGAGAAGGAAACCAAAGAUCAGAACAACUCGAGCACUAAUUCGGAAGUAAGCGGUGACGUGGCAAAUACUGAGGGUGAAACGUCCACCAAUACACAGGGGGAAAGUGCUCCAGCAGCCCCUGAAGACGCAAUACAGUCCCCAAACACUGUUUUGAACGGGACGAACUUAACUGAGAGCCAAAUGGAAGAAGAAUCCAAAAAUGCAAAUGGAACGGAUGUAUUGGGUACUGACAGCAGCACCGUCGCCUCCUACAUNCGCUCUUGA